AUGUUUCGAAUAAUUAUAUUGUUUUUAAAUGUCUUUAUUGUUUUUGGGGAUGACCCAAUAGUGGAAACUAGUCAUGGUAUAGUGCAAGGUAAAGUUCUGAAGACUUUAUAUGAAGAAAAGAAAUAUUAUGGCUUUAUGGGAAUACCAUUUGCAGAACCGCCUGUUAAGGAACUACGAUUUAAGGCCCCACGAGAAAUCGAUCCUUGGGAAGGAACAUUACUCGCAACAAAAGAAAAGCCGGCCUGUAUACAAUUCAACAAUGACGUCAAAAAAGGUCAACCUCUCGGACAAUACGGAGUCGAAGACUGCCUCUAUCUUGACAUUUUCACUCCAAACAUCGAUGAAAAUAGACGAGCCGUAAUAGUGUUCAUUUACAAUGACCGACUACAAAAUUCAUACAACAAAUCAUUGGACUACGCGCCAGAUUUUUUCAUUGAAGAAGAUAUUGUCAUUGUGACGCCGAGUCAUAGACUGAGCACUUUCGGUUUCCUGUCUUUUGACGACGAACAUUUACCUGGUAACGCGAGCUUGCUCGAUCUGUAUUUAAGUCUAAAGUGGAUAGCCAAGAAUAUACAACGUUUUGGUGGAGACCCUGACAGGAUCACCUUGAUGGGUUCUCAAGGAGGUGCUGCUGCUAUUGACUUGCUUCUACAUUCGAAAGCAAAUGAACUUUUCCAUUCUGCCAUCCUUCAGAGUGGCACGUCACUCACAACUAUGUAUUUACAAGACAAUGUUCGUGAAAGAGCCUUGAAACUUAGAGAACUUUUGAAUAUUCCUUAUACCAAUACUGAAAAAAUUCUUAAAGAUUUGCAAGACACUCUCCCUUCAAUUAUUUUUAGACAUGAACUUCAAGCCACGCCUGACAAUUAUAAUACAGACAAACAGAGAAGUUUACUACCAUUUGGGCCCAUUGUUGAAAAGAGACCAGAUGGAUUUAUCACUGAGUAUCCAGAAAAUAUAGUUGGUAGUAUGAAGAAGCCAGUCAUGGUUGUGUCUGAUGGCACGUGGGGAACAGCUACUGGAGAUGAACUAUGCUAUUUAUUUAAGUGUCCAGAGUUACGAGGAACGUAUCUAAAAUAUAAACGAACAUUGUCACAAGAAUUUCAAAUUCAAAGGAAAAUGGUUAAAAUGUGGGCGAACUUUGCAAAACACAGCAAUCCAACGCCUGAUGAGAACAAUCCAAUAAAUAUUAAGUGGCCUACGUACGAAAGUGUAUCAAAACAAUAUCUCCUUAUAAAAGAAAAUAUUGAAAUUGGAGAGAAACUUUUGGAAGAGCGUUUUAAAUUCUGGGAUGAUUUCAUGAAGAAAUGGAAAGAGAGAGCUAUAAAUGAGAUGGCAAGAGGGAAUAUUAAGGAUGAAUUAUAA